CCUGUGACAACAGUGUCUCCCCUCACCCUAAGACAUGUCCAAGGAGGAGCACGAAGUGGCCACGCUGGGGACGGCUCCUGUGACAUCCACUGUGAUAAACAUCCGCAGCGACACCUCCGUGCCCGACCAUGUGGUCUGGUCCCUGUUCAACACGCUCUUCAUGAACUGCUGCUGCCUGGGCUUUGUCGCGUUCGCCUACUCCGUGAAGUCUAGGGACAGGAAGAUGGUGGGCGACGUGACUGGGGCCCAAGCCAACGCCUCCACCGCCAGGAGCCUGAACAUCGCUGCCCUGGUGCUCAGCAUCAUCGCGAUUGUCGUCCUCAUCAUUCUUUAUGCCACUGUUAUGGGGAAAAGGAUAUGAAUUAUGUCAUAGAACGCAUGGCAGCAUCAAGACUUCCACCAGCGGUGCCCACGGCCUCCACCGUGCCCCGCUGGCCCUGCCCCCUGGGGCUGUGGCCCUGUCCCUGGGCUCCAGGCCUUCACACAGAGGCUUCUACUCACAUACCUGUCUACAAGGAAUUCAA